AUGUUAAACAGGGUCGGAGCUGUCGGGGCCGGUCACGACGGCAGGACAACUUCGAAUCCGACUUUCGAUGAGGGCAAUCGCAAUCUUCAGGCCAGGGCAGCGGGCCCAGCUCAGCUGCCCACGAUCGAGGAGCAUUUUCCUCAUGGGGAAGAUGGGUUUGAUAAUCGACCAUCUCGCGGUCCCAGCCAGCCGCUGGGUGGAUCAGGUUCCUCGGUUCACCUCUUUCGAGGCGCACCGGUCUGCAGGGACAGCCUUGGUGCGCACACCCUCAUUCAACGGCCACGAACUCGGGAUGGCGCUGAUGAACAGCGAAGAGCUGGCACCUCGUUCCUCGACGACUGA